AAAGCCUCUUGCAUUUCUUGUGUGAUACUGAGCUUUAGAUCUGUUUGGAGCAAGUAUGGGGUUUUCAGAUCUUAUGGACAGUGUUGGAGGCCUUGGCCGUUUCCAGUUUAUCAACUCAGCGUUACUCAUAAUCCCUUCGAUCAUAAUGGCAAGUCAUACCUUGAUGCAAAAUUUUUCUGCUGCUGUUCCUGAUCACCACUGCCGAAUUCCAAAUUUCACAAUGAGUAACUGGAACAUCACUCCUUUGGCACUGGAUGGACAGACUCUCCUAAAAGCCUUUGUUCCUCAUGAUGGAAAAAAUAAACCGUCGCGGUGCCUGCAGUUCACCGAGCCGCAGUGGCACCUGCUAUUUCUAAACCAGAGCGUUGCAAACACCUCAGGGCUUCAGACGGAGCCAUGCCGGUAUGGUUGGACCUACAACAAGAAAGAGUUCAAUGAAACAAUAGUAACUGAGUGGGACCUUGUGUGUGACCUGCGGCACCUGAAGCAGAUGAGCCAGACUGUCUAUAUGGGGGGAAUUUUGGCAGGAGCCAUCAUCCUUGGUGGCCUAUCAGACAAGUUUGGCCGACGCAGAAUUCUCAUUUUUUCGUACCUGAAGCUGGCCGUGUCGGGCACGUGUACGGCCUUUUCACCUUCCUUCAGUGUCUUCUGCAUCCUGCGUUUUGUGACAGGCAUGGCCAUAUCUGGAAUCAUCCUCAACGCCGUGUCUUUAAAUCUAGAGUGGAUACCAAUCAAAUCUCGCACCAUAAUGGGUGCAAUGAAUUCAUUCAGUUCCAGCACUGGACAGAUUGCACUGGCAGGCUUUGCAUAUGUGACUCGUGACUGGCGCACACUGCAGCUGGUGAUCUCAGUUCCAAUUUUUUUCUUCUUCUUCUAUAGUUGGUGGAUUCCAGAAUCUGCUCGAUGGCUCAUAAUUAAUAAAAAACCUGAUGAGGCUCUUAAACAGAUCAGAAGGGUUGCCAGAAUCAAUGGACAUGUGAAAGAGGGAGAAGCAAUCACAUUGGAGGUUUUGAAAGAACAUAUACAACAGGAGGUGCAAUCUGGCAAGAAAAUCUACACAGCCAUCGAUCUCUUCCAUACUCCUUACAUGAGGAAGACCACUGUGUGUCUCAUGGUUCUCUGGUGUGCUACCAGCUUUGGAUUCUAUGGUUUGGUGAUGGACCUGCAAAGAUUUGGUGUCAGUGUGUUCUUAGUGCAAGUGAUAUUUGGAGCCAUUGACUUUCCUGCGAAGGCACUCUGUGCUUUUUCUAUGAUGUUUAUUGGACGAAGAGUUACUCAAGCAGUUUUACUGCUAGUCCCAGGCCUUCUCAUCUUGGCUAAUGCUUUUGUGCCUUAUGAAUUGCAGACGCUACGUACUACCCUUGCAGUUCUGGGGAAAGGAAUGCUGGGUGCCUCAUUUACUUGUAUCUACAUGUACACUUUGGAGCUCUACCCCACUGUUAUCAGGCAAACUGGAAUGGGAUUUGGAUCAACAAUGGCUCGAGUAGGAUCAAUGACAGCACCAAUGGUCACGAUGCUUGAAGAUUACCUUUAUGGCUUACCUCUGAUGGUGUACGGGACACUGCCUGUGAUUGCAGGCGUCAUCGCAGUCUUCCUUCCAGAGACUCUUAACAUGCCAUUGCCAGAGACUAUAGAUUAUGUGGAAGCACAACGGGAUCAAGGAAAAAGAAAGCAGAACAUAAAAAGUGAAAUUACUCCUCAUGUUUUGCUGUCUAGUAAAUUGUGAAGCCAUGUCUUUGACUGAUUUGUAUCAUCUUUCAUUGACAAUUUCAUCUUUUAGCUGUAAACAUUUCAAGUUGUAUAACAUUCUGUAUCAUGAGGAAGAUGUACAGUAGGUUUUUGAUACAUAAAACAGCAUCAUAACAAUUAAUUCAGGACUUUUAUACAACCUUUCAAUUUAAAAUAUGUAAAUGCACAUCUUAAUUGCACAUAAAAACAAUACUUUUUUGCACUUUGAGAAAAGUAUUGAUUUCAGAUUCAAAUGAAUUUGGAUGAACUGAUGUAAAAAUAAAAUAAAAGCAACGAAACAAGGAACACUGCAUAGAUGCAUAUGAGUAUGAAGAACUUCAUUUGACAUAUUUUGUUGUAUUCUUUAAAGAUUGUACUUCAAAUGCGUUGUUUUUCAGAGUAGAAAAGUAAAAAACUUGAAUAUACUUCCAUAAAAGGUGGUUUGAUACGCUUUUGAAAGUAAAACAUUGUUUUUAACAUGCAAUGUAAAGUUAGUAGGAAGGCUGCUUAUAUCAAUUAAAAUAAAACGAGGGGUCACACUAAACAGUGAACGUGGCCCCCCUGGAACCCCUGCUGAAACAGAGUGUUCAGGGCUCUUCUGGAUGUUCCACUUUGAAUGUUUAAUUGAGAGAAUGUGAUAUUUACAGUUUGGUAGAAUAUUAAAAGAGAAGUUUAACUUUUCUUCUAGUUUCCAGAAUUACACAUAUUUUAAGGCAUAAGAAAAUAAAAUAUAGUCAAUUGGCUUCCAAAAAAAAUGCUUUUUAUUUCUGUUUGUUUGUUUGUU